AUGUACCGGGCCUGGGCAAAAGGGCAACCACCACCAGCUUACCCUGCCAACCCUGCCUUCAUCCCGCCAUUGGCUCAGUCACCGGAUCAUCCUGCCACCGAUACAUCCCCGGGCUUUCCCAUUUACCAACACUACCAGAGCACAACUUCUCAAACACCACCAGCUCCACCACCCAAACCAGUUCCGUACCCUCCUCCACCAGCCACUCCUGUCUUCGUGGCACCCCCUCCCGCUAUACUCCAUAGAUCCUCCAGCGAGCCUUUGUUCCAAGCUCACGAUAACCAAUAUUACCCCCCGGAGCCCACUUUCAAAGCUCCAGAACCCUAUUCCUACACUCCUCAUUUUGAUCUCUCGGCGGAAACUGAGAAGCCUCCUAAAAAUCCCAAGCAGGAGGAGAUGAUUAGGAAAUACAAUCUUAAAAUUGUUCCAGACCGCUUGUCAUUGAUCGGAAUUGAGAAGAAGCCAGGGGAGAGCUUCAGAGAAUAUAGCUUCCGUAGGAGAUAG